UACCUGAAUCAAAGGGAACUAAGUGCAAUCAGGAGCUUGAGCCAAUUCUAGGCACACAGCAUUCUCAUAUACUUCGUGUACCUUUCAUGACAGAAAAUGGUGUUCUAAAGAACUGGGUAUCCCGGUUUGAUAUAUACCCUUAUCUGGAGAGAUAUGCUCAAGAUGCUUCUGAGAAGAUUCUAGACCACUUGGAAGGAAAGCCGGAUCUGAUAAUUGGAAACUACACUGAUGGUAACUUGGUUGCUUCUCUCAUGGCAAGUAAGCUUGGAAUAACUCAGGGAACAAUUGCACAUGCUCUCGAGAAAACUAAGUAUGAGGAUUCAGACAUCAAAUGGAAGCAAUUAGACCAAAAGUAUCACUUCUCAUGUCAAUUCACCGCUGACAUCAUUGCCAUGAAUUCUGCUGAUUUCAUUAUCACGAGCACCUACCAAGAAAUAGCUGGAAGUAAAGACAGACCAGGCCAAUAUGAGAGCCAUAAUGCAUUCACUCUUCCUGGACUAUGUCGAUUCAUUUCAGGCAUCAAUGUCUUCAAUCCCAAGUUCAACAUAGCAUCCCCAGGAGCAGACCAAUCAGUUUACUUCCCACACUCACAGAAGCAAAAACGCUUAACCAACUUCCAUCCUGCUAUUGAAGAACUGCUAUAUAGCCAAACGGAAAAUGAUGAGCAUAUUGGAUAUCUGACUGAUAGGAAGAAACCAAUCAUUUUCUCAAUGGCAAGACUAGACACAGUGAAGAACAUAAGUGGGUUGACUGAGUGGUAUGGCAAGAACAAGAGAUUAAGGGAACUUGCAAACCUUGUUGUGGUCGCAGGCUUGUUGGACACCUCAAAAUCCAAGGAUAGAGAAGAGAUAAAUGAGAUAAAGAAGAUGCAUUCCUUGAUUGAGAAGUACCAACUGAAAGGUCAUUUCAGAUGGAUAGCAGCACAGACUGAUCGGUAUAGAAACGGUGAGCUAUAUCGUUGUAUUGCUGAUAGCAGAGGAGUUUUUGUGCAGCCUGCUCUUUAUGAAGCAUUUGGGCUCACAGUCAUAGAAGCAAUGAACUGUGGUCUACCAACCUUUGCAACUAACCAGGGAGGCCCUGCUGAGAUUGUCAUCGAUGGCAUUUCUGGAUUCCACAUUAAUCCAAAUAAUGGAGAAGAAUCGAGCAAUAAAAUAGCAGAUUUUUUUGAGAAAUGCAAGGAGGAUAGCAGUUACUGGCACAAGUACUCGACGGCCGGACUCGUGAGAAUAUAUGAAAGCUACACCUGGAAGAUAUAUGCCAACAAAGCACUAAAUAUGGGAUCCAUAUAUGGCUUCUGGAAACAGCUGAACAAGGAAGAGAAGCUUGCAAAACAAAGAUACAUCCAAAUGUUCUACACUCUCCACUUCAGAAGUUUGGUGAGAAUCAUGCAGUCAUCAAGCACAGUAGCAUCCCAACUGGAAAGCUCGGUGCCGCAGAAGAUAUUCAAUGUGAUUCCUCAGCCUCGACGUCAGCCACCCCCUCAGAGGCAAGUGUGCGUACUCCUUAGAGUGUUGCAAGCAAUUAUGUACCUAUUCUAUAGCAUUGUGGAAAAGCUUUACAGACUUGUACUAAGGCUAGCCAGAAGAGGAAGAAAUUAACAGUUGCUUGUUGCAAUGGUAACAGGAAGGCAGAGUCAAGGAUACAAAGAAUUCUUCCAUAAGAGGGCGCCACCAGAAAAGCCAACAGGACGUAAAUUAUGAGCAGAUGGGG